UUUUGUGUGGGUUUAAUUUCUCGUGCUAUGUUCGAUUCUGUAACAACAACAAAAAGUCACAGUACUUAUGAUGGUCAUUAAGAUAUCAAAGAACAACAUCUGAAAAAACAAGCGUCCGAAACAUGAGUUACGUUUCAAGCAGUAUCUUUCAAUUGACUGAAGAUAUAAAUAUACCCCCCAUUAAAAGAGAUGAUAAAAAUUGGACACUGUGUUUAGUUAGACAACAAAUUUCACAUUCGCCAGUACGCCUGCUUCAGCCAUUGACUUAAAAUGCAAGUCGUCGUUAUAGUCUUUAUAGCGUUCAUUUUGAGCGCAACGGAAAUAUCAGCUCGAUUUAUAUCUGAUAACAUAUGUUUGGCAAUGCCAAAUGGUCAGAAGCUUCCUAUUACUGAUGAUUGCGGAUCAUACAUAGUAUGCGAGUACAAUGUGCAAAAAGUUCAGCGCUGCGCAUAUGGCACCCUUUUCGAUCCGAUUUCGAUGGUAUGCAACUGGGCCUCUUUUGUCAAGUGUGGACAAACACCGUCGCUCCCGCCAAUUAUUCUUGCACCCUCGUCCACUUCUGUUGCAAUUCCGACUACGUUCAAGCCACCAGCGGGAUUUCCAAGCAUACCGACCGCACCGACGCCACUACCCACAACUGUAACAGUGAGAACAACCACUAAUAACCCGUAUGAGCCUCCGUAUAUUCCUACAGCUCCUACCGCUUCACCCACACUGCGACCUCCUGUAGUCGUUACUUCCAUUCCGACGAUACGUCCAACCACUACCACACGUCCAGUGAUUACAACCACUCCCCCGUUCAAACCACCUAUGAACCCUUAUCCAUUCUGUACCCCGGAAGAGUUUAGCUUCAUCGCACACCCAACAGCAUGUGAGAGUUACUAUAUUUGUGCCUACGGUAAGCUGAUUCUGCAUAGCUGUGGACAUGGUGUUUACUGGAAUACAGCCACCAAUCAGUGUGACUUUCCGGAAAAUACCGACUGCACUAAUCUUCCUAAUCCGGCCGCUCCGGAAACGUCUACCCCGUCCGCUGAAACAACAACGAUAUCAAGCACUCCGGACUGUUAUGGCAGUAACAUUUUUUACCCCAACUACAACGACUGUAGCCAGUAUUACAUCUGCAUCGGGCUACAGCCAAUAUUGAUGAGCUGUCCCACCAGCUAUUUGUGGAAUAGUAAAACAUCUCAAUGCGAUCAGCCUGGUAAUGCAGUAUGUGCGCAGAAAUAACAAAUUUGCUCUUAUAGGAAUGAUAAUUUUGAAUGAUGAAAAACGUGAAUAAAUUUUUUCUUCCGCAUCUGAUAAUGAAAUACGAUCGGUUAUUAUCUUUUGGACUUUACAUGUUUUACUUUAAACAAUAUUUAACAAUAAUGGUAUAGAUAUACGCCCUAUUUAUUUCUGCCAAUCGAGAAAAGGUUUGCACCUUUUGUUCUGCAUGCUGUAACAAUUUGCGCGGUCAUAUCGGUUUACGUACGUUAAAAAUCACAAUUACAAAAAGACUCAAACAAAACCAAUAUCAUUUUUAUAUUACAUUUUUAUUUAAUCAUCUAGCACAAACUGCAUUCGAAGUUUAAAACCAUUUCCAACCUUUUUUUAGAAUAACCUCUGUUGAGGAAACCGAAUUCCGUUUAGCAUACGUGCGCGCGAGAGAAAGAGAAGGAGAGAGAGGGAACUUAAUCGUGUCGCCGUGCGCUGCUCAACGGGAGAGCGCUACGCGCUGACCGAGAGAAUUCUUAUCAGCUUAACAAGUAGCGUUCUGAUCCCCAUACCAACAGGUCGCGUUUUGACCUCAGACCCAAAAAGUUGCGUUCUGACCAAUCUGUUCUAAAGUGAAAUAAACUUGUGAAUUAACAACAUCUUACAAACAUAUACA